GCAGGGACAACCAGCUCAGUAGCCUCGCAGCCACCGUGGGAAGUGCACUCCCAGCCGCUUCCACUUCCGUCUCCCUCUCUCUCUCUCGUUCCGGCCAUUUGUUUGUCCUCUUUUGCGGUUCGUUCCGUCUGUGGGAGGACUCAUCUUCCAUCCUUUCAGAACCGUCCACGUCUACAAAAGGUACAUCAUGGCCAACCGUCCCAGGACAGCCUCCACCAGGAAUGAGGAGGAGAUGAUGGCUUCCGCCCGCAGGAAGCUGACGCAGACCACAGACCCCGUGGAGAAGCUGCGGCUCCUGUGCCUGAGUCGAGGAACCGCGGGGAUCAUGGGAAUGGGCAAAGUUUUCCGACGAAUGGACGAUGACGGAUCCCACAGCCUCAACCUCGAGGAAUUUUCCAAGGGGAUAAGGGAGACCGGGCUCAAGCUUUCCGAAGAGGACACCGAGAAACUCUUCAAUGCUUUUGACAAGGACGGGGAAGGAUCCGUUAACUAUGAUGAGUUCCUUGUAACCAUCCGGCCCAAGAUGAACGACACGCGGCGGAAGCUGGUCGACAUGGCCUUCGAUAAGCUGGACAAGACGGGAGACGGCAUCGUCACCUUGGAGGACCUCAAGGGCGUGUACUCGGUAACCAAGCACCCGAAGUUCCAGUCGGGAGAGAUGGACGAAGAGCAGAUUCUCGCCACGAUUCUCAAGAAGUUCGAGAAUAAUACGUCCAUUGAUGGAAAGGUUCGGUUGUCAGACGUGUGGUGUUCAAAGUCUGUCAUCAAGACUCCUACUUCACUCAUGAUCGUAUCCUGGGAAUCAAAUAAUCAGUAUUGCUAG